CGAAGAGCUUACUGUGCGCAUCGCUCACCCUUGUGUAAUCUAGAACUUAACCCUUUUUCGGCUACGAAACCGAAUGGCUGCUGCGUUAACUGAAGAGCGUUUUUCUUUUCGAUUUCCAUUUUGUUUUCCCUCUUCUCGCUUUCUCAGGAAUUACGCUAAAUCAGCUCAGCCUGACAUCGACAAAUGCUAUGCUCAAUCUCGACCGGCAAGUCCGGUUCGAACUGGCUCGACCGGCUUCGUUCCAGCAAGGGCUUCCCGACCGCCGACAACCUUGACCUCGACCAUUUCCUCGCUAACCCUAACCGUUCCGAUUCUCCAAUCACCAAUGCCUCCAAUUCUCCGAAUUCCAUAUCCGAGUCAACUCACUCCAACGAAAAACAACUCCAGAAUCGGAAGCCACCAUCUGCGGAGGUGAUCUCCAAUGAGCCCACUGGAGACAAAGAAUGGUUCGGUGUAAUGAGCAAUGUCCUCUCGGAGCUCUUCAACAUGGGUGAACAAGCCCAAACGUCCAGAUUUUCGAGGAAAAAAACUUCCAGGAAACAAAAAAACCCUAGAAUCUGCAUUAUCAAGACGCCUAACGUUAAUUCUUCCGAGGAACAGAAAAGCACUUCGGAUAGCGUGAGAGAAGACGAAAAUAUCCCCCCUUCAACGGCGUCGUUGAAUUCAAGGGAAGAAGCGACGAGAGAAUCGAAAGAAGAUGACGACGAUAAUAACUCGGAAGAAGACGAAGAAGAAGAAGAGAAAGAGAAAGGAGAGAGAGAACUGCUUGGGUACUCGAGAAGUGAAGUGACGGUAAUAGACACCAGCUGCGAGCUGUGGAAAGUUGACAAGUUUAUCUUUAGGAGGAAAAAUAUCUGGAAAGUUAAGGACAAGAAGGGAAAGUCACGCACCGUUGGUAGAAAGAAGAGGAAACCACCACCACCUCCUCCUCAACCUCCAUCUGAUGACAACAAUGUCGGUGUUUGUAAUAAGAAACGGAAGGUUUCGAGUUCGGAGCUUUGGUCGUUGAAGGAAACGAGUGGAAGAGAACGUGGGUCGCCUAAAAAUCAUGGGCGGAAUGCUCCAAGUGAAAAAGGGGAAGAAGUUAGCGAUGAGGCACGUGAUGAUCUUACCCAAGUUCUAAGAAAGAGAUUUCCUCAGAAACGAGGAAAGGGAAGCGCGUCUGUUAUCCUUAUAAAAGCCAUUCCAACAGGCAAGAAAAAUGGAGAAAAACUUGCAAAGAAUGGCCUGAAGGACACUGGGAUGCAAUACAAGGCUUGAUACAUCCAUCAACCAAACCAUCAAGUUGUCUGGCAAUAUAGCCAAAUUGCUUGCCAGUUCUGCAUUUUGAACCAGCAGUUGAUUCCAUUUUGACUAUACCUUCUCCUAUGGAUAGGUGGAAUUAGAAGGGCUAUGGGCUAUGGCUGAGGUUGAAGCUAAAGUUGCUCUAAACUUCAAGCCUGUGGGUAUGGUUCUCAUUUCUUGUUGCCAACAGAAGGUGUAAAUACGUUUAUUAAUCUUGGUACCAUUUCAUUGACUUAUCUAUAACAUUUAUAUUUUACUAGCAACA